AUGGGACUAUUACUGUUUAAGAAGAAACAAGAGUUUCCUAAUUUACCUAGGAAUUAUGAAGUAUUGGAGAAAUUAGGUGAAGGAGCUUUUUCCAAUGUUUAUAAAUGUUUGAACCAUUUUGAUAAGAAAUUUUACGCUAUAAAGAUCAUUAAUAAGACUAAUCUUAACAAUAAACAAUUACAUAACAUUGAAAAUGAAAUCAACAUCAUGAAACAUUUAAAUCAUCCUUCGAUUUUGAAGAUGUAUGAUUAUUAUAAUUCCAAGCAUUUUUGUUAUAUAAUAUUGGAAUAUUGUGAUGGAGGAGAAAUUUUCAAUAAGAUCAUUGAGUUAACAUAUUUUAGUGAAAACUUAUCGAGAUUCAUAUUCUUACAGCUAUUAUCAUCAAUAAAGUAUCUUCAUGAACAUAAUAUUGUUCAUAGAGAUAUCAAGCCAGAAAAUCUAUUUUUUGAAAGAAUACCUCUCAAACCUAAUAGUUUGAAAGACUUCAAAUCAAAUUUAAGGAAAAGUGACGAUAGUAAUAAACUUGAUGAAGGAGUAUUUAAUGAACUUGUAGGUGGUGGAGGUAUUGGAAAGAUAAAAAUCGGAGAUUUUGGUUUAGCUAAGAAAUUAGUUAAUCCCAGUAACUUUCAAAUUCAUAAGAAUAACUUGAAAACCCCUUGUGGUACUGCUGGUUAUACAGCCCCUGAAGUUAUAACGGUGAAUCAAGAUUUAGAUAAACAAAAUUAUUAUUCCAAAUCAGUCGAUAUUUGGUCUUUAGGUUGUGUUUUGUAUACCAUACUAUGUGGAUUCCCACCAUUCUAUGAUGAUGAUCAGAAUAAGUUAACUUAUAAGAUAUUGAAUGGGAAUUAUUCAUUUCUUAAACCUUGGUGGGAUGAGAUCAGUAUUGAAGCUAAAGAUUUGAUAUCCAAAAUGUUAGUUAUCAAUCCUAAUGAAAGAAUAACAGUAGAUGAAAUCUUUAAACAUCCUUGGGUUAAUAACGAGAAGUUUUCUGAUGAUUACUUCAACGUUAACUCCAAGUUUGAAAAUGAAAAUAAUGUUGAAGAUGAAGGUAUUGAAAUCAAAGUAUCUCCUCAACCUCCAAGUUAUGACGAUAUCAAGGAUUUACAUCUUAAAUUGAAAUCUCCUGUUGAUAAUACUCAACAUAUUGAAGAUGUUGGUGAUGAUGAUUCUAUUGAUAGUGAUGAUCCUUUAAGUGACCAUCCUUCACCAUUUUAUCCUACAACCAACUCAUACAAAUCGACUAAAUCCAACGAUUCUAAUCGAACAUUCAAAAUCGAAGACGAAUUCAAAGCAUUCCUGAAAGGUUUGAAUCACGUACCUUCUAUUUUGAGUCCAAGAGCUAAUGCCAUUAAAUCUGUAUUUAAUAACCCUGCAAUGACAGAUGCUGAAAAUUUAUCCAAUGUUAACUUAUCCAGUGUUAACUUUUCGAAUUCGAACAUUUUCAAUAUUUUCAAUAUUGACGAAGACGAAACAAUGAAAAACUUGAAUAAGUUAAGUAUAAAGUCUUCAAAUAGUAGUAGUGAUAAUGAUGAAUUUGAAGGUAAUGAAAAGGUUAAGAUCGAUACCAGACAAUCGUCGAUAGUAUCUAAUGAUAAAUUUCAAUUAAACAUGAAUGAUUCUAAUAUUAUUUUACGAAGAAAGAGCACAUUAAAAAGGGAUUAG